AUGCCUGUAACUUUAGACCUUCGGCGUCAAAAUCCUCAAAAUCUCUUCAAAGAUAAUGAUAACAAUAAUCAACUUCCUCUUUCUGAUCAAAUACAAUUAUUAAAUAAUAAUAUAAAUAAUUUAUCAAGAAUUCAUCAAAAUCCACAAUUGUCACAAUCUUCUCAAUUAUCAUCAUUAUCAACAAAUAGCAAUAUCAACAACACUUCAGAUAAUAAUAACGCUUCUUUAAAUAUUUCUCCUUCUCAAUCUUCCUCCACUAUCUCAACAUUAUUACCUCAGCAACUACCACCCCCUCCACAUUCUACUACAUCAUCGUCACCAGAUGAUUUUAAUACUUUUGAUAUUGAUGAUUAUUUUGCCUCUUCGGACAAUAAUCAAAAUAUAAAAUCCUUUCUUUUGGAUCAAUUAUUAUCGAAUACUCCUGUUGACACUUUUACGAACAAAAAAGCAAACAACAACGAUAAGAGCAACGUUGGUAAAAAUAACAAUAUUACUGGUAGUGGUAACAAUAACCUAGAAAUUUCUUUAAAUUCUCCGAUUUUCAAUAUUUCGAAUCAAAAUUUAUUUUCGCCUUCGCCUCCACCUCCACCUCCACAAACUUCUGAAUUUUCUCAGUCCCCCAAAACAACCAAUACCGCCAGCAAUAAUAAUAACGUAGAUUUGGAUUUUUCUGACUUUUUAUCAAGUGAUGUAUAUUCAGAUGAUCGUAAUUCUUCAUCAGCACCAUGGUUUUUAAACAACAACAAAAACAAUGAUGGUUCUAGUGAUAGUCUAGAUGCAUUUAAUAUUCAUAUGCCUAAUAUUAGUAAUAAUACUAAUGAUGUUACUGCUACUACUGAUGCCACGUCCUUGAUUUAUUUAAAUACUUCGUCUUCACCAAAUUUAAAUUCUCUUUGUGAAUUCGAUAUAAAUAAUAUUAAGAAUAAUGAUGCACCAACAACGAUAGCUGCAACUUCAACAGAAUCAACAUCAACAAACAAACGUAGUUUUCAAGAACAGCAGCAGCAGCAAUUACAACAAUACGUUAAUCGACAAGAAUUUUUUCAUCAAAUGAAUUUACGUCUUUCCACACUGGCCACAUUCAUUAAAGGUUCUAUGAAAAAACCAGAAGAUUAUUCGGAAUUGUGGGAUCGACUAUAUGCCCUUCUCAAACAAGAAUGUCAAGCAAUUCAAAAAAUUAUUGACGUGACAGAAUACAAAUCACUUCAAUUUACAAAAACUAUAAGUCAAUUUUCUUCUUAUGAUGUCACAAAUGAUCCACGAAUCAUUGUACCCGAUCAUGCUUCCGAAUUCAAAUAUGUUCUUAAUGUGACAAAUGACGGAAAUGACGGUUUUAGAUCAAUAUCAAUUUUGUUGAAUGUUUUAGAUUGGGAAAAAGUGGGAAGUAAGGAUGCUUAUCACGAGGAAUUGAGAGUGAGGACUGUGUUGGAAAUGGUGAAUAGAACUGAUAAGAAUAGGAAAAGUUUUGAAAAACAUACCGAAGAAAUAUCUGCAAAUGGUGGGAAAAUAACUACUACUUCGGUAUAUCCUGGUUAUUUCCAAAAAGACACGAUUGAUAUGGCUGUUCAUUUUGGAUUUGCUACUAAUGCACCACAAUAUGCGGCUAUAGUGUGGCAAAUUGAAUCAUUGAAUACUUGUAUUAAUGGUUCUUUGGUAGGCGUUCCUCAAUUGAUCAUAUUGUCCAAUCUGCUAAAGGCAAUAAUAACUAUAAUUUAUCCUGAUAUAGAAAAUAGAUAUUUUCGUACUCGUAUAACUUGUAAAGGAAAUUCCAAACGGGUCUUUCAUUUGUUGUUUUAUAAUCCUGAUUUUGGUUCACGAUUUCCCGAUUCACUACCUUUAGAUCGUUAUUUUAUUGCUCCUUUAUAA